CCGGUUCGGUUUUUAAGUAUAGUUUCUCACUAAUUUGCCUUAUAAAUAAGCAGGUUUAGUGUCUCUUUUUUUUAUUCAUUCUAAGUCAUACAUAUUUCAUAGAAUUUCUUCAUUGGAAAGCUGCUUCUAAUCACAUAUGAAGAUGGUUCUGAAGGUGCAAAUGAACUGUGAGAAAUGUCGAGCACAGGCUUUGAAGAUUGCUGCUGCUACACAAGGUGUGACUCAUAUGGCAAUACAAGGGAAAGAAAAAGAUGAACUAAUGGUAACUGGAGACGAAGUGGAUUCAGUUAAGUUGACUCGUUGUUUAAGAAAGAAGCUUCACCAUGCUACCAUAUUGACCAUAAAAGAAAUAAAAGAGGAGAAAGAAGAGAAGAAAGAAGAGAAAAAAGAUGAUGAAAAAUAUACCCCGCCUUAUUAUGUAUGCUAUCCCCCAUAUCCCAUGCCUCCACAAAUUAUGGUUCAAGAUCCAUGCCAAAGCCAAGCAUGUUCCAUCAUGUGAUGCAUCACUUAUCCAUCAAGUUUAUGUUACUCCAUUCUCGAUCUAAACAAGAUUAUACUCAUAUUGUAAAAUGGAUGGAAAAAAAAUUAAAUCUAUGUUACUCGAGAUAUGAUGAAUGGAGGAUACGAAUAUGUAUUUGAUAUGAUUAUAAAUUGGAAUAAAGGUCAACUGAGUCUUUACUCGAUUGACACCCGUAUUAUUGGCAUAGAA